GUUCGUGCAAUAAUCGGCCGCGCGACAAUGCAACAGUAAUGUCCUGCUCCGGUGCUCUGCCGCGGGACCCACACUGGCCACUGGCGACUAAGGACUUCCCGUUGGCGCUGCACGUGGCACCCGGAACGCUGGCCGCCGUGCCUAACAUCACACUUGUGGAGUUGCAUGCACCCAACAACAACAUCACCAAGCUAGCCGACAAAGACAUGUCCGAUACCUUACGAGUGCUAGACGUGCGUAACAACAGCAUCUCGCGUAUCUCACUGAACGCGGCAAAGGUUCUUGCUCACAUUGAAAAUGUCACAGUGUAUCUCUCCGGAAACCCUCUUGCCUGCGAAUGCAAUGACGCAGCUGCCUUCAGUCAUCUGAACUUAGUGGGAGGCGGAGAUUGGAAACUAACACAAUGCAUCGACAUGAGUUUGGCCUCAGGAAAAACCGAACGUGAUCUGUGUCCUAGUCCACUACCGAUAGUAUUCGGCGUUGUCUUUCCAUUACUACUGAUAGCGGUCGCAUGUCUAACAGUUUACCUACUAUUGCCACGUGUUAAGCAAUUUAUGUUUAGAAACGAUCUAUGCGCUCAUUGGAUUCUUAGGGAGUGUGAUGAUACCGACGAUCCGGAAAAAACAGAUGAUGCGUUCCUUUCAUAUUCCUUUGUCGACUUAAAUCUACUUAAAGAACUAAAAAAUGGGUUAGAAAAACUCGGGUAUUCUACAAUAGAACAUCAAACUGAUUGGCAGCCAGGUGACGCUGUGUUAGAGCAGAUUGCGAGGUCGGUGCUAAAAGCCCGUCGUACACUUCUACUUUUGACGGAUAAUUUUGCUGGAUCUGAAUGGACUCCAGUGGAGUUUCGCAUUGCGCACCGUCAUGCAUUAAAGACUCGAACAAAGCGGGUGCUGAUCGUUCACUGCGGAUUACAGAAACCGAAAAAGUUGCCAUUGGAUUUACAAAUUUAUUUAGAGAACCACACUUACUUAGAAUGGGAUGACCCUAAAUUUUGGCACAAGCUGCGUCGGUUUAUGCCGCCGCCGAGUCAAGAUUAUGUGCACUUAAGACCCGAAGACUUAGCUCCGCCUUCGCCGUUGAUGCAACAAAAUUUUCCGCUUCUGGAGAAAAUUCCACAGAAGCCUCAACUGGCAGCACCGCUAAUUUCUACUAAUACCGUCCCCUCUGCCUGUUGAGCUUUAAACAAUUAA